AUGACUCAGCCACAGCUUCCUCCAGUUCAAUUUGAACGAAAUACACCUAGAACUCAUCAACGUCCUCCGUCAACAAAAUCUAAGUCUUCUUUUGAAGCUACACCGCAGUUACAUGCAGACAAGCCCUCCAAUCACUUCUUUUAUAUGGCAGAUAACCAUCUAUUUGGCCGCAACGGAACCCCCAAAAAUGAGACUAUGGCCAUUUCCUAUUACAGACAGGCACACGAACAAGGACAUACCCAAGCCGAAGCCGUGCUUGGUUUUUGUUAUGAAUUUGGUUUAGGUGUUGAUCGAGACUUGUCCAUGUCAGAGCAUCACUAUCUCAGUGCUGCCGAAAAGGGCGAAGGGUUAGCAAUGGCUCGCUUGGCAUUUUUCCGGAAAUACGGACGUCCAGGGGUACGCAUCGAUAGAACAGAGGCAGAGGAAUGGACCGAGAAAAUGAGAAAGCAAGGGGUCUCUGCUGUUUCAUGGAUCAUUCGUGCAGCAACGCAAGAUAAUCAUCCUUCAGCUCAAUACUGUCUUGGCGUCUGUUUUCAUGAUGGCAUAGGCGUGAGUAAAAAUGAGCAAGAGGCAUUCAAAUGGUACAAGAAGAGUGCUGAACAAGGCAAUGCUCGAGGCCAAGGUAUCCUAGGCUACUGCUACGGAGAAGGAUUUGGUGUAGAAAAAGAUGAAGCGGAAGCUAUGCGAUGGUACAAACUAGCUGCGGAGCAAGGCGAAACAGUCGCUAUCUACAACGUAGGCUAUUGUUAUGAAGAUGGCAUUGGUGUAGAAAAAAAUGUUUAUGAAGCUGUGAAAUGGUAUUUACGAUCGGCUGAACAAGGCAACGCAUUUGCCCAAAACUCACUUGGGUACUGUUAUGAAGAUGGCAUUGGUGUCAACCAGGAUUAUGUCAAGGCAGCUGCUUGGUAUAAGAAAAGCGCAGAACAAGGCUACCCUUGGGCGGAAUGCAACCUUGGCUACUGUUAUCAGAAUGGCAUUGGCACCCCAAAAGAUGAUGAACAAGGUGCUUAUUGGUAUCGAAAGGCAGCAUUACAGGGUCAUGCACGAGCUCAGCAUAAUCUUGGAUUUUGUUAUCAAAAUGGUAUAGGAAUCUCUCGCUCCACGACCGAGGCUGUCAAGUGGUACAUUAAAUCAGCUGAGCGAGGUAAUAUAUUUGCCUAUCAUUCCCUUGGAUAUUGCUACCAAAAUGGUAUUGGUGUCACUGUCAAUGAACAAGAAGCAGUGUACUGGUACUAUCUCAGCGCUGAAGAAAACCAUGCGCCAGCCCAACUUUCUCUUGGGUAUUGCUAUCGUAACGGAAUCGGAGUCCCCAAAAAUGAACAAGAAGCCGUAAAGUGGUUCCUGAGGUCAGCUGAACAAGGCAAUGCACUGGCUCAAAAUUCAUUGGGCUAUUGCUAUGAAGAAGGCUUGGGUAUAGACAGAGAUUCCAAACGUGCUGUGUACUGGUAUUACAAAAGUGCAAAGCAAAACAACCCCUGGGCGCAAUGCAAUCUGGGCUUUUGCUUUGCUAAUGGCAUCGGCGUUCCACAAAACAAUAACAAAGCGGUGCACUGGUAUAGAAAAGCCGCCGACCAGAACCAUGCACGCGCGCAGGACAAAUUAGGUCUGCACCUUCAACACGGUCUAGGAGUUACACGAGAUCUGACUUGCGCCGCGCAAUAUUUUCGAUAUGCAGCUCAGCAAGACCACAUUGCCGCUCAGUUCCACCUUGCCAAUUGCUUAGAAAAAGGUUUGGGCACUGAAGUCAAUCUUCAAGAAGCCACCAUGUGGUUCGAACGCGCUGCUUUGGCAGGCUGUAGAAGCUCGCACGAGCGUUUACGACGGCUUUUGAUCCGAGUUUGUUUCGAAUCUGACACCGACUACAUUGCAAUGGCCGUGUUUCUACCAUUGUUAGUGAUUGGCGGUGCUCCCGUGUGUUAUGCUACUUACAAAGUUUUUGACACUGUUGACAAAGAGACAACCCGACUUAUUGCUCCUCAAGGAACUGAAUCAUCGUCCUCCACUUCAUACUUGACAGCAACCACAGUAUCGAUUGUAACUGCUGGAAUGUUUUCGAAAUACGCCUUCACAUCGCAAACUAGACACAGGUUAUUUUUCGCCAAAGUUGCACCAACAUCAGAUCUAAGAAUUGCCUCUCUAAAAGUUGCUGGAGAGCUACUAGGAAGAAUUUCACUUGUUCUAUGUGGUGCAGCGGCAGCUGGAGCUGCCUCUGGUCGUGCCGUGGCAUUAAAUUCGAGCCCUAAGAAAACAUAA